CUAUGGACAUUAAUCUGGGCUUGAUACUUUGUAAUGUCAAAUGUAUAAACUAACAGUCAACAGGUACUUAUCCUUCAGUGUUCAGUUUUACCGAUAAACAACUGUUUUCAAGUGUUGUAAAAGUGAAUAUUAUACUUGUUUAGUGUAAGUCAGCAAUGCUUUUGGAGAUCGAAUCGAGGUAAAUGACCAAACUAAAUCGAUCUAUGCUUUAAUUCAGACUUCACCGUAGCUUAAACGCGUCAUUACUCUAGAUCAAUGAACUAAUUUAUUUUUACAAUUKUCAUAACUGGAUAAUCAUCAAAAAUAUCAAACUUUGUAAUCUGUGUCUGAAACUAGUGCUCAAAUUCUGCUGCUCUAAUAUAUCUUUACACGAAUUUCUAGUGUGUCCAAAAAAACGGCAAAUCUGACUCRACCAGUGUGGAUUAACAGACGAAGAAGUCUUACCAAACCAUAUAUGUUCAUUACAUUUUAAGCCGUCAAAUUUCACAUCCUACAUAAUAAGGGGCGCAGUCUUAAUUCUGAUGCCAAACCAUUUUUAAGAAAAAUCAAUGCUGAAAUCACAAAUAUGCCAUUAAAAAACAUGAAAGUCAGAACUCGGAAAUCAUUAAAUAUGUCUAAAGUUUGUAUUCUGUGUCUAAAACCAAUGCUCAAAACCAGCUCUAAGAUGUCUUUACACAAAUUUCCAAUGUGUCCAAAAAAACGGAAAAUCUGGCUCAACCAGUGUGGAUUAASGAAUGAAGAAGUCUCAUCGAACCAUAAAAUAUGUUCAUUUCAUUUUAAGCCGUCRUAUUUCACAUCCGGUGUAAUAAGGCGCAGGCUUCAUUCUGAUGCCAUACCAACAAUUUUUAAAAAAGGCCAUGCUAAAAAUGUGAAAGGAAAACCAAAAAUUCUUACCAAAGGAAUUUCUAGCCAGUAUCGCCAGUCUCGUGAUAUUUCACCAAUAAGUGCUGUUGAAAAAAAGAUUUCCAGUCAGAACCUGAAGUCUUGUGAUAUUCCAUUAACAAAAGCUGUUAAAAAAAAGUUAGCUUGUAAGAAUAGUCAGCUUGGUCAUAUUUCACCGAUAAAUGCUGUUAAAAAAAAGGUUUCUGAUCAGAGCUGUAAGUCUUGUGAUAUUCCAUUAACAAGAGCAGUUAAAAGAAAGUUAGCUGGUAAGAAUAGCCAGUCUCUUGAUAUUUCACCACUAAAAGCUGUUAAAAAAGGAAUUUCCGGUCAGCAUCGUAAGUCUUGUGAUAUUCCUCCAACAGAUGUGGCCAAAAUAGUAAUUGACAGUCAGAAUAGUCAGUCUCGUAAUGUUUCAUCAAUAAAAGCUGUUAAAAAAAGGAUUUCUGGUCAGAACUGUAAUUCAUCUGAUAUUCCAUUAAUAAGAACUUCUAAAAGACAGUUGGCCAGUAAGAAUAAUCAGUUUCUUAAUGUUUCAACAAUAAAAGCUGUUAAAAAAGGAAUUUCUGGUCAGAAUUGUAAGUAUUGUGAUAUUCCUCCAACAAAAGUGGCCAAAAUAGUAAUUGACGGUCAGAAUAGUCAGUCUCUUAAUAUUUCACCAAUAAAAGCUGUUAAAAAAAGAAUUUCUAGUCAGAACUGUAAGUCAUGUGAUAUUCCAUUAACAAGAACUGCUAAAAGAGAGUUAGCCAGUAAGAAUAAUCAGUCUCUUGAUAUUUCACCAAUAAAAGCUGUUAAAAAAAGGAAUUCCUGUCAGAAUCGUGAAUAUCGUGAAAUUGCAUUAACAACAAUUACUAAGAGAGAUUUAGCUGGUAAGGAUAGUCAGUCUCACAAUAUUUCACCACUAAAAGUUACUAAAAAAGUAAUUGUUGGUAAGAAUAGUCAGUCUGGUGAUAUUUCACCAACAAAAGCUGUUCAAAAAGUAAUUUCUGGGCAGCAUCGUGAAUCUUGUGAUAUUCCAUCAACAARAGUUGCUAAAGUAGUAAUUGCCGAUCAGUAUAGUCAGUCUCGUAAUGUUUUAUCAAUAAAAGAUAUUAAAAAGAAUUCCAGUGAGAAUCAUGAAUAUUGUGAAAUUGCAUCAACAAGAGCUACUACGAAAGAGUUAGCUAACAAGGAUAGUCAGUCUCACAAUAUUUCACAAACAAAAGCUGUYCAAAAAAGGAAUUCUGGUCAGAAUUGUGUGUCACGUGAUAUUUGGCCAACAAGAGUUUUUGAACAAGAAGUAUUUGACCGUUCUACAAGUAUUGUAAAAAAUCAAAAAAGAGAACUUGAGCAGCUCGAUAGAACUAUUGUGUUACUAAAAAAGAAAAAGUCAUCACUUUUAUUACAGUUAAAAAUUGCAAAAAACCUUAUCUCAUUGGUUAAAACUUCAAAAUGAUUUACACCUGAUAAUUGGAGUCUUUUAAACAACCUAUAUCUUAAAUCAAUAAACAGUAAAUGCUGC